AUGUCAGAAAAGAAUUACACUGGAAACAAAUGUCACGAUCUAAGCAUGCAAAGGACAUGGACAAAAACACCGUUUCACCACAUAGCUUCUUCAAGGAGAACGCAUAACAGAAUUGAUACCCUGGUAAUUAAUGGAAGAUUGGUUAGGAACUCAGCUAGAAUAAAGAUUGCUAUUAGAGGGUUUUAUAAGCAGUUGUAUCAUCAGGAGGAAUCUCCCUUGGUGGGCUUCAGGGAUGGAUUUGUGGAUAUGAUAUCUGAAGAGGAUUCAGUGGCUUUAGAAGUAUUGCCGUCAAUUGAAGAGAUUAGAGAGGUAGUGUGGGACUGUGAAUCGUCUAAAGCAUCAGGAAGUGACGGAUACAACAUGAACUUUAUCAAAAAGUGUUGGGAUGAGAUUGGGGCUAAUUUUACGGCAGCUGUGACUGGCUUUUUUCAGACAUCCAGACUACUUAAAGACUCUAAUAUCACAUGGGUUGCGCUGGCGCCCAAGUUCUUUGGGGCUAAGGAAAUCAAAGACCUUCGCCUGAUCAGUAUGGUUGGAUGUAUAUACAAGGUGAUUUUGAAGGUGUUAGUUAGGAGGAUGAGAUCAGUGAUGCCAGGAUUGGUUGGGGAGACCCAGAGUGUGUUUGUCAAGGGUCGUAAAAUACAUGAUGGGGCACUUAUUGCGUGUGAAACUGUGCAUUGGCUUAAAGUAAGGAAAAAGGAAGCGGCAACAAUCAAACUGAAUUUUCAUAAGGUAUAUGAUGGAAUCAAGUGGAGCUUUGUAGACAUUGUCUUACAGAAGAUGGGGUUUGUGCGUAAAUAG